CAAUGGGAAAACUUAUCCGCAGGCUGCGCUUCCCGCCAAGUCUGAGGUAGAGAAACGGCGCCAUUUGGCCCUAAUAGUAACGGGACAGAGGGGGUUCCUUCCAGCUGCCCCCAGUCUCUCUAAUUGUUUCCUAUAAGGUGUGAGGCGCUGGAAGGGUUAAUGCAAAGACCUUUGGGCAAAGGAGUUGCUUAACGGACUGGGUUCCCUUAUCAUUGUAAUUAUUGCUGCUGUUAUACUCCUGUUAUGGAGGUUUAGUUGAUUACAGAUACUACUUGGUUACUCCAUUAUUUUUUGGGGGGCUAUCAUUUCCCAGCAUGCCCAGGGGCCCUGGAAUCAGACCUGAGUGACGUUGGUGACGUUACCCAUAGCAACCAAUCAGAUUGUUGCUUUUAUUUUCCAACUCGCAGGUGUCCGUUCAAAUCUGAUUGCUGAAUGGUUGCUAUGGGCAGCAUCCCCGGCGAUGUUGGCUUACACAAUAUAAUACAUUUGCCUUUAGACUCGGACAGAGAGGGAACUCUCCAGGGCAUCCAGCACGAGACAUGCCCCGAAGGGCAGAAAGUUUAUUAUUAUUAUUAACAUGUAACGCGCCAACAUGUCCCACAGCGCUACAGUAAGUUUAUUCACUGAAUCAUAUGAACCUUUGUGUCGCCUUUGUGUAUUCCUCCCUGCAGAAUGGGAAGCUGUAAGUGAGCUGCCAUAGAGUAAGCCAGGCUGUGCCGCUGUGUGUGUAUUACUGCCGCCAUUCAUGCCCCUCAGCGAAUGGGCCCCACUGGCACAGCGCCAAUACUCACUAGCCAACGAGCUGAGCAACAUGGCGGCUAUUCCAAGGAGUCAGAACCAGCGUCACGGGGUCCGGUUUGUAUCAGAGCCUCUCGCACAAUGGGCCCCACUGGCACAGCGCCAAUACUCACUAGCCAACGAGCUGAGCAACAUGGCGGCUAUUCCAAGGAGUCAGAACCAGCGUCACGGGGUCCGGUGUGUAUCAGAGCCCCUCACACAAUGGGCCCCACUGGCACAGCGCCAAUACUCACUAGCCAACAAGCUGAGCAACAUGGCGGCUAUUCCAAGGAGUCAGAACCAGCGUCACGGGGUCCGGUUUGUAUCAGAGCCUCUCGCACAAUGGGCCCCACUGGCACAGCGCCAAUACUCACUAGCCAACAAGCUGAGCAACAUGGCGGCUAUUCCAAGGAGUCAGAACCAGCGUCACGGGGUCCGGUGUGUAUCAGAGCCCCUCACACAAUGGGCCCCACUGGCACAGCGCCAAUACUCACUAGCCAACAAGCUGAGCAACAUGGCGGCUAUUCCAAGGAGUCAGAACCAGCGUCACGGGGUCCGGUGUGUAUCAGAGCCUCUCGCACAAUGGGCCCCACUGGCACAGCGCCAAUACUCACUAGCCAACAAGCUGAGCAACAUGGCGGCUAUUCCAAGGAGUCAGAACCAGCGUCACGGGGUCCGGUGUGUAUCAGAGCCCCUCACACAAUGGGCCCCACUGGCACAGCGCCAAUACUCACUAGCCAACAAGCUGAGCAACAUGGCGGCUAUUCCAAGGAGUCAGAACCAGCGUCACGGGGUCCGGUGUGUAUCAGAGCCUCUCGCACAAUGGGCCCCACUGGCACAGCGCCAAUACUCACUAGCCAACAAGCUGAGCAACAUGGCGGCUAUUCCAAGGAGUCAGAACCAGCGUCACGGGGGUCACGGGGUCCGGUGUGUAUCAGAGCCUCUCGCACAAUGGGCCCCACUGGCACAGCGCCAAUACUCACUAGCCAACGAGCUGAGCAACAUGGCGGCUAUUCCAAGGAGUCAGAACCAGCGUCACGGGGUCCGGUGUGUAUCAGAGCCUCUCGCACAAUGGGCCCCACUGGCACAGCGCCAAUACUCACUAGCCAACGAGCUGAGCAACAUGGCGGCUAUUCCAAGGAGUCAGAACCAGCGUCACGGGGUCCGGUGUGUAUCAGAGCCUCUCACACAAUGGGCCCCACUGGCACAGCGCCAAUACUCACUAGCCAACGAGCUGAGCAACAUGGCGGCUAUUCCAAGGAGUCAGAACCAGCGUCACGGGGUCCGGUGUGUAUCAGAGCCUCUCGCACAAUGGGCCCCACUGGCACAGCGCCAAUACUCACUAGCCAACGAGCUGAGCAACAUGGCGGCUAUUCCAAGGAGUCAGAACCAGCGUCACGGGGUCCGGUGUGUAUCAGAGCCUCUCGCACAAUGGGCCCCACUGGCACAGCGCCAAUACUCACUAGCCAACGAGCUGAGCAACAUGGCGGCUAUUCCAAGGAGUCAGAACCAGCGUCACGGGGUCCGGUGUGUAUCAGAGCCUCUCGCACAAUGGGCCCCACUGGCACAGCGCCAAUACUCACUAGCCAACGAGCUGAGCAACAUGGCGGCUAUUCCAAGGAGUCAGAACCAGCGUCACGGGGUCCGGUGUGUAUCAGAGCCUCUCGCACAAUGGGCCACAUUCGCACAAUCGUUUCCCCACCUGUUGCACAGACGCCUUGGGACUCCCCGAGACACAGCCAAACAGCAGGGGAAGAUGGAAAGCAGCUGCAGGUUCCUGCCACAAGCUUCUUCUGUGUUUAAUUCCGCUGACUUUAUCCAGGCAAACAGCGCACAAACCAGAGUCAACACUUACAGCUACAGACAUGCCUUGUGCUGAGCGGCAACGCCACAGGCCGAGAAGCUCAACAGCCUCAAACUCCCAUUAGACUGUGCAUUUGUGUAAACAUUUCCUGCAACAUUCCCUCUAUUCCCACUUCUGCUAAGCAGUUGCACAAUGUGUGUGUGUGUUAUACUGUAUUUAUAUAGUGCUACUGGGAUGUGCAAGAAAAGCACCCCCUGGGAGGGCAAGCGUUGACAUAAAUAAGCCUAAAUACACAGAGA